GGCCUUUGAUUUUGAAAGUGGGAAACAAAGGACGCUUGGGUUGCUAUUGUUAUGACCAAAGCAUCAAGGUGAGACAAUCGUGAACCAGAGGGAACAAUGACCUUCAGAACACAAAGCAGCCUCAACAGAACAAACACGACACCGCCAGCUGUUAUUCACACAGUCCACUUUGAGGAGAAUACAAGGGACACAAAGGAAAUCGAAAAGGCCAGAACUGUAAAUUCAGGUGAACAAUUCGAACACCAACUGCUGAGGUGGUAGAAGUAGCACAUGGACAAGGAAGGCAGCAGAGGAAAGAGG